AGAGAGAAAGAGGAAGAAUGGGUAAGCUAUGCACGCGGAGACGAGGAAUCUUACUCGGAGAUUUGCCUUCAUCGCCAACGUUCCAACCGCAGGCCUUACAAGCCAGUAAAAGUCAAGUCAGCACCCUGCCGUAUGGUGAUGGUACAAGACGCUUGGUUAGAGAUGGAGCCUCUGGAUGUCGGGUGGGAGGUUGUAAGGAAUGUGAGCAGUGACGAUGGGCGACACAGAGCCG